AUGUUCAAUUUUGGCCGAAGAAAAAAAGCUAAUCAAAACGAUGAAGUUUUUCAAGAAAUUGAAAAGAUUGUACACACACUUGACGAUGAUGGAAGUGGACGAAUACGUAUCGUAGAUUUAGAAGCUGCUUUACAACGUUUCGAUGAUACUGGCCGAUUGAAACCAGAGAAAAAUAAUCAAGUGAAAAAUUUCAUCACGUCACUUAAAACAAAAGGUGAUCGAAUCGACGGAGAUGUGUUUCUUCAAAUAAUGCUUGAAAGACAAAAGCAAAUAAAAUUAAGUUUUGACGAAAUCGAUUUGAAUAAAGAUGGCGUUGUGGAUCCUAUGGAAUUAGCCAAAGCAUUUUCACGUUUGAAAAUUGUUUUGACAAAAAAAAAUUUAAUGAAAAUCGUUGAAGUACUUGAUCAAGACAAAGAUUUUCAAAUCACAUUCUCUGAAUGGCAGACAUAUUUUCGUUUUGCACCCUCAACUGAAUUAGAAGCAUCACUUCGUCUAUGGCGUCGUGGUGUUCAAUUAGAUACCAUUAAUGAACAACAACUGCCUACUUCCUAUACUGAAAAGGAACUUGAAAGUGGUUUUUAUGCAAGACAUUUUAUUGCUGGUGCGCUCUCUGGAAUGGUUAGUCGAACAGUAACAGCGCCAUUAGAUCGAUUGAAAAUUUAUAUGCAAGCUAUGGGAAAGAGAAAAUUAUUGAAAACAGCAACCACUUUAUAUGGUGAAGGUGGAGGUGGUGUUAGUGGUGUUCGAUCAUUUUGGCGAGGAAAUGGUAUUGCAAUAUUUAAAAUGACACCGGAAAUGGCUCUUCGGCAAGGAAUUUUUGAAACUUUCCGUGAGCUGCGCGGUGAUUAUGAUGAAAUUAUUAUUUCCCCGGUAACAAACAAAGAAUUAUUUGGUCUUGGUUGUCUAUCAGGCUUUAUCGCUCAAACAUGUAUAUAUCCAUUGGAAGUACUGAAAACACAAGCUGCAAUGCGAACAACUGGUCAGUACAGUUCCAUAUUAGAUCUCAUUAGAAAACUUCAUCAAAGCGAAGGUUGGAGAGUGUUCUAUCGUGGAUAUCUAGCAAAUUCUCUUGGAGUGCUUCCUGCGUGUGGAAUUGAUUUCGCUCUUUACGAGUAUCUUCGACGAAUUUAUCGUGAAAAAUGUACAUCAUUAGAAGAGCCUAGUAUAUGGGCUUUAACAGCGAUAUCCAAUGUUAGUGCCUUAGCUGCAAUGUAUGUUUCAUACCCGUUGUAUCUUAUCCGAACAAGGCAACAAUAUCAGAUUGUACCAGAGAAUAUACUUGAAAUGAUGGGCAAAAUAUGGAGAAUUGAUGGAUGGCGUGGUUUCUAUUUUGGUUCAUUGCCUAAUCUCAUUAAAGUCCUACCAGCAUCUACAGUCGCAUAUUUAACAUUCGAAUAUUUUUCUAGUCUAUUUGAUAUAGAUGCAUGA